AUGGCACAACCUCGUAUCUCAGCCUACCUCCCCCCUGAUAUAGACCCCACCAAAGCUGCUCUGGCCUUUGGGAGGAGAGCCCUUCCUAAACUCAAUGAGGAGUUGCAGUCUCCCGAGCUGCUGACGCAGCAGCGGGCGCUGAUGGCUCUCUGCGACCUGGUCCAUGAUCCAGAAAAAGUCUACCAGGCAAUAGCAUUAGGAUUCUUGGAUAGCCUGAAGACUUUGCUGGUGCAUCAAGACCAAACUGUCCGGCAGAAAACAACAGAAGUUCUCUCUGUAAUGGCUUUGCAUAGUAUUGGCAGGGAAGGGCUAAUACGAAGUGGAAUCAUUUCUGCCCUUGCUGGGCUCCUGGAUGAUCCAGUAGAUAUCUGUCGGAAGAACACCCAUCAGAUUUUUGACAGGCUGGCAAAAUUACCUCAAGGGGCUGGUGGUGUCCUGCAGGCCGGUUUGAUUCCCCCACUGGUCCUGAAGUUGAAGGCAGAGUUGGAUGAGGUCCAGGAGCUGAUCCUUGAUACACUCUCCAACUGUCUCCGUGUGGAGAUUUCUGAAGCCUUGGCAGCUGGUGCUGUUACUGUGCUGAAGGAAAAGCUCUCACACCCCUCCACAGCCAUCAGGAGCAAAGCAGCCUGGGUCCUCUUGGAAAUCAGUUCUCACGCUGAGGGGAAAAUUGCGGUGUGCAAAGAAGGGGUGAUUCCUGUGCUGGUGAGCCUGCUGCAAGACACACAGCCCGAAGUUCAAGCUGGCACAGCAGGAGCGCUGAUGUUUGCUAUUGUUACACCUCAGGGGAGAUCCUCAGCCAUGGGUGCUGAAGCCAUUCCACCUUUACUGACGCUGGUUGCUGAGGAAACCAGCAAAGCGCGUUUGAAUGCAAUCAAAACCCUCACCCUGCUGGCUGAGCUGCCAGAGGGCCGCAAGACACUGCUGGAUCACAGGGACACAUUUCAGCGGUGUCUGGAGGAUCCCAGCGAGGCCGUGCAGAGAGCUGCCGAAAUCGCCAUCACCGUGAUCGACUGGAAACCCUUCUGCAGCCGCGAUCUUUUCUAG